UAAUUUUAUAAUCACUCGUUUGUGCACGAUUCGCACGCGCCACUGUGAUUGUCGAGCUGUCUCAGUCAGAAACCAAAUUAUCUCAGUUUUUAAAGGCUGAUGACAACAGUUAUGAUCCCAAGUUAUUGAAAAUAAAUUAACAACAGAGGGUAUGCCGGAAGAGGUUCUGAACAAAGUAUUGUGUUAGAAUGUUGGCCAAAGCGAGUAAACUAGAUGUGGUCUGGCGAAAGUUGCUCCUGACAAAGUUCUUCACAAAAGGAUGGGGAACGGUCGACAACUUAAAACGGAUGUGCAAGUUUGGUCAAGUGAUUUCUGAUCGUUCGCACUGCAAGCACCUUGUGGACAAGACCUACCCGGUCUUCAUUGACAAAAAUGAGCAAAAGGGCGAAUGCAGAAUCUUGGAGGGGCAUUUUUUGUCACCGUUUGCCAAGUAUAUGAAAGGGAUUAUGCCCAAAGAAGUUGAGACUGCAAGGUUUCAGGUUGUUUUGCCUUUGAGAUGGAAAUCUGAGAAGAAGCCAAUUUGUAUCCAUCUGGCUGGCACGGGGGAUCAUGGCUUUUGGAGGCGAAGAACCAUCAUGGCCAGGCCUCUGCUUAAGGAGCAUGGCAUUGCAUCUAUUAUACUCGAGAAUCCGUUCUAUGGAUUGCGAAAACCCAAAGAGCAAAGUCGUUCCAGCCUUCUCAACGUAAGUGACCUUUUUGUGAUGGGAGGAGCAUUGGUGCUGGAGACGUUAACGCUCUUGCACUGGUGUGAGAAAGAAGGCUACGGACCGCUUGGUGUAUCAGGAAUAUCCAUGGGAGGCCAUAUGGCUACUCUUGCUGCUACUAACUGGCACAAGCCCAUUGCUCUCAUCCCGUGUCUGUCCUGGAGUAAUGCCACACCGACGUUCACCCAGGGUGUCUUCAGCGGUUCAAUCCCUUGGGAGACCCUGGCAUCCGAGUAUGUCUUCCACUCGGAAUAUGAAGCCGAGAUUCUGAGAAAACUCAUGAAGUGCCCCCAAUAUGAUGCCUACAGACUUGGCCAAGAGUUUGCAGCCAAUUUUCCAGAAAGCAUGGAAGAACUGCGAAAAGUCACACUGAAGUCUGGGCUGAGGUCCUCACUCCAAGACCAACCCAAGACGGAGCCGGCAACGGCAUCUCCAGAUGGAGCAAGAGAUGCAGUCUCCAUGACGGACAACAAGGGUGAUUUAGAACUGGACCAGCAAUCGUCCAAGUGCAAUGUGGCCAGUCAAGUUGAAUCGGUCCCAAGAGAACUGAACCGGCACCAAAACGACAGUAUUCCUGAAACCAGAAAUGGUUUGGCAUCUCCCAGCGACACUUGUCAAACAUCAGAAACAAACCUUUCAGAGAUGACAGAUCCCAAUACUGCUUUGGAUGCAGAAAACCAAAAUACUUUUAGGACAGAGAAUUCUUCAAGAGAUGUUUCCAGGAAUUCAGUAGGGAGCUUCUCAGAAGAUGCUGGCCAUUCUUACUUGGAUGAAGAGUCUUCUGAAACGAACACACUUAAACGAAACCUCAAUGAAACUUCAUCAAAUGCCCAUCCAAGUUUGGAUGCUGUUCAAGGAAGUAGCAGAAUAGAUGUAGACCGCCAAGUUGAUAGGUCGGGUCAUAGCAGUGAAAAAGAUGACCAGAGGUCAAAGUUGAACACCAGUGUCAAGGAUGAAGGACAAAGGAAGAAAUCCAGUCGGAAGCGAGACAAAGCAUCAAGCAAGAUGAAGCUUACUAAAGAGGAGUACGAGGCAGUGAAAAACGACGCUCUGCAGUUCAUGAAGGGGGUCAUGGAUGCGGCUACAUUCGUUGGGAACUUCUCCAAGCCUGUAGAUCCUGAGCUCGUCUUUGCUGUCUUGGCAAAUCAAGACGCUUACAUUCCUUGGUAUCAGAUGCCAAGCUUGAAGGAACUGUGGCCAGGCAUGGAGGUACGAUAUGUUAACUCGGGCCACGUUGCUGCAAUCCUUUUCAAACAAAAUCACUUCAGGCGUGCCAUCCAUGAUGCUUUCCAGAAGAUGGAGAAGAAGUACCAUGGAGUCUUCCCCGAAGAGUCGUGACCCCAAGAAAAACCUGUCCCUGUUUAAAAAAAGAAAAAGAUGAGUUAGUUCUAUAAGUACGUGGUUACAGCCAAGUAAUUUAUGUCCUAUGGAAUUUGGCUUCACCUGAUUCCAUAAGCGCAUGUGUAAUUGCAAGCCAGAGGCAAGUAAUUAGGACACAGAUUCAGAUUUGCGUAUAAAGAUUUACUUUGAUUUAAUGAAAUUUCAAAAUGUUUGGGAAUAACAAUGCAAGCAAGGCCAAAUGAUUUAAGUAAGUUUUUCAGUGUUAUAACUUAUGCUGUUUGUACUUUAUGAUGUGUUGUUUUGAUUUUUGACAGUGGCUGCUGUAAAUAUAUCACAUUUGUCCGUUUAUCCAUUACACAAUUCCUUUGAGUAACAAGAGAUCAAAAGAUUAAUCAGAUAUUCCAAUAAAAUGACUACAUGUGUGAAUGUUUCAGCUCUGUCUGUAUUCAGCUGCCAAAACAUUCAUACUUUUCCCACCGCAAUUAAUAAUACAGAUUCUUGUCACCCAUUGCUUUUUUGACAGUUGUUUUGUAAGAUUUCCUCUGUUUAAUGUUUUCAUGAUUUCAUGCUGCAUUUUUAUGGAGGGCUGCCUCCUUAAGUUGAUUUGAUGCAUUAAUAAGAGGGUCACUGAUCAGUACAAUUUUGUUUUAAACUGUCAGUAAAAUAGCCAAAAUCUUUGUGAAAUUGUGCAUCUUUUGAGGUCGGAAUUGUUUGACAUUUCUCAUAAGUUAGUAACUCUAUUGUGCAGUAUGGAAGGACCCAUUAUGACUAUGUAGGGCUUGGUGUCCCUAACAAUGGACACAGUUUUCUGUUGAACCCUACUCCCUACUUGGUUUUACUAAGUAGAAGACCGCGUCCAUCAAAAUCAAUCACUCGCUUUGCUUCACAUAAUGCUUCAGGACCAAAUCCGUUGAAAUCCACCACUGGUGCUUGUGGAUUUUGAUGGGCUUGGUACACAUGGCUUAUCUGCCAAAAUCCCCCAAAAUGAGGGGAUGGAUUUUGAUGGAGUUGGCAAGGUUAGGGUUAAUUACUGCAUUUCCAUCUUGGAUUCUUGAAAGCAAAGCACAAAUACGUGGGAUGUGAUUAAUCAUGUGUAUUUCAUAAGAAUAACACCAGUGGAUGAAGAUGUACAUGUCUAACUCUUGUCAUUGACGUCGGAUAAUCCUAUACUGCACAUGUUUUGGCAAUUCCAUUGUUUCUACUGCCUCUGUUACCGACUUUUACAACUUGAGAAGAUAAUGUCUGUACAAAGGUAGAUUUGCUGUAGACUUUUUUUCCUCUAGAAACUAGAAUGUAAUGAUAGAUACUGCAUAGUAUGUACAGUUAUGGAAAUAAUGUUUUCAUACUUGCAAGUGAGGUUUUACUUAAGCUUUAAUUACCAUUUGUCUGAUUAUUUCUUCACAUAGGACAAGCAAAUAUAUCAGCUCUGAAAAGCACCUACCAGAGUAGGAGAGCUUUGUAUAUUGUCCUUGUAACUUUUCAUAAAAUGCGGGUCGCUAAUUAUAUAGAGAAAUACUUUAAUGUGAAACAUGCUGCAAGUUCAUCUGCCCCUUAAAGGAAAUAGAUUUGUUUGACACCUGCUGGAUUUAUGUUUGGUUUGAAGCAGCAUGUAAUUUUGUUGAUCAACACAACGAUUUUAUAAGUUGACUUCCGCUCAGACGAAGUAGUAGUGUGAUAAAAAAUUCAUCCGAGCAUUAUUAAAACGUAUUACAUGUACAUGUGAAAAU